AUGUGUAGCACGCAGCGGGCGCGGGUGUCGAGGAUGCACCUCCCGGGGGUGUCCAGCGGAGCCGUGUCACCCGACACCAGCUCCACGCUGCUUCACGAGACCUAUACAAAAAUGACAUCUGACAUACUAGCUGAAAGAACUUUGGGUGACUUCCUAUCGGAGCACCCGGGGGAGCUAGUGAGGACGGGAAGCCCGCACUUCGUAUGCACUGUACUGCCUCCUCACUGGCGCUCUAACAAGACGUUGCCGGUGGCGUUCAAGGUGGUGGCCCUGGGUGAUGUUGGUGACGGCACCCUAGUGACGGUGCGGGCUGGAAACGACGAAAACUGCUGUGCCGAGCUACGUAACAGUUCCGCGGUGAUGAAGAACCAGGUGGCAAAGUUUAACGACUUAAGAUUCGUCGGCCGGAGCGGUCGCGGUGAGUGCUGA